AUGAAUGAUAUUCAUCAUGAAUUUGAAGAAACUGUGAAACGUAUCCAAUCUCACAACGGAGUUGAUGGUGUUAUUGUCGUAAACAAUAAUGGUGAUCUCAUAACUUCAACUCUAGACAUGAGAUCGUCUGUUAACUACGCUGACAUAAUGUUAGAUUUGGCUGAAAACGCGAAGAGGUUUGUCAGAAACUUGGAUCCGACCAACGAGUUAACGGUUUUACGAAUGGGUUCUAAAAGACAAGAAGUACUGGUGGCGCCUGGUAAAGAUUUUGUAAUGAUCGUUCUUCAGAAACAAAAUCAUAAAUCUAUAAUGAAAAGUAUAAUUAACUCUUUAUAA